GCGCGGGGACGCGGGGCCGAGCCCCGGGCAGCGCCUUCCCCGAGCUUCAGCACCGCGGGCCGGACAGCGCCCGAGCGGCUCCCGCGGGGCCCCGCCGAGGGCCUCGAUCCCCCGCACGAUGUUCCUCCGGCUGGCGGUCGCGGUGCAGGUGCUGUCGCUGCUGGCGAGCCGCGCUCACGGCUUCCCCAGACCCGCGGGCAAAGAUAAAGCUAUACACAACAGACAAUUAAGUGUAGAAAGACCUUUGGAGGAACAGAUUGCUGAAGCUGAGGCAGACAGGAAUAGGAAAACAACUCCCACAGAAAAUAAGCCAGAGUUCAGGAAUUAUUCCUUUGUUGAUGACCUGAACCUGCUAAAAUCAGUAGCAGAAAGAGAGAGGAAUGAAAAGGAGAGGGAGUCAAUUAGAAGCUCUUUGUACGAACAGCAACUGGCCGUUGAUGAUGCAGACUCCACCAAGAACCGCAGGCUAGUGGAUGACUAUGACUCCACUAAAAGUGGGCUGGAUUAUAAAUUCCAAGAUGAUCCAGAUGGCCUCCAUCAAUUAGAUGGCACUCCUUUGACUGCUGAAGACAUUGUUCAAAAAAUUGCUGCAAGAAUUUAUGAGGAAAAUGACAGAGGAGUGUUUGACAAGAUUGUUUCAAAACUUCUAAAUCUGGGGCUAAUCACAGAGAGUCAGGCCUAUACCCUGGAGGAUGAAGUGGCAGAGGUUUUACAACAGCUAAUUGCAAAUGAAGCAAAGGAACGUGAGAAGGAGUCUGAAGACUUUGAUUACACUGCAAGCAGAGCAGACAGUGAUCCAAAGGAAAAGCAACAGGAAAGAAUGACACCAAGCAAAUCUUAUCAGGAUAGUAUCAUUAAUGGAGAGAUUGAUGAUACACUGGAUAACACAUGGUCAUCAUCUAAUAUCUUGGAAAGAAGAAAUGAGCUGCCUUCUGAAGAUAAUUUUGAAGACCUCCAAUACUUUCCAAAUUUUUACGCACUAUUAAAAAGUCUUAACUCAGAGACAGAGACAAAAGAGAAAGAGACCUUGAUAACUAUCAUGAAAACCCUGAUUGAUUUUGUGAAGAUGAUGGUUAAAUAUGGAACAAUCACACCAGAAGAAGGAGUUUCCUAUUUGGAAAACUUAGAUACAAUGAUAGCUGAGCAGACAAAGAAGAAGCUUGAGAACCCUUCCACUAAAACCAGAACAAAACUAACAGCAGACAAGAGUAGUGAAGAAGCAGACAGUACAAAGGAAGAAGCAGCUAAAAUGGAAAAGGAAUACGAAGUUUCAAAGGAUUCUACAAAAAAUGAAGGACAAAAUGCAGCAGGAAACAGUGAAGAGUCCGGAGGGAAAUCUGAGGCAUAUUUGGAAGCAAUCAGGAAGAACAUAGAAUGGCUGAAAAAACACAAUAAACAAGGUAACAAGGAAGACUAUGAUCUUUCAAAGCUGAGGGAAUUCAUUGAUCAGCAAGCUGAUGCUUAUGUGGACAAGGGCAUCCUGGACAAGGAGGAGGCUGAUGUAAUUAAACGCAUCUAUGGCAGCCUGUAAAAAGUCAGUGGCUGCCAGACAUGUAGAAAACUAGUCUAGUUUCCCCCACUCCUGGCUCAGUGACUUAUGAUCUCUUAAUUUGAGGAUAUCAUUAGAAAUGCUCUGUUUACAUUGUACUGACAACUUUCUAGACAGCAAUGAAGAGCUGUAGUGCUCCAUUCACCCCCUGCAUCCUGUAUUUUCCUACAUUCACAAAUCAACCCUAAACACCAAAUUCUGACAGUGAAUUUCUAUUGGAUAGGGUCCAUAUUUCUGUAAUGCUCUCUUUGAUUUAUUAUUUGUGUUUGGUUUACUUUUGUAGAUCAACCAAUUGUUUCUGAUGGAAAGUUCUUUUAAUGCUACAUCUUUUUGCUCUCACUCAACAAGCUUUCUAUAGAUGCAACUAUGUAAAGGGCAUUAUUAGAAAAUAGUUCAUAGUUCUCUAAAUAAAAUAUUUGAAAAUAAUUUACCUAAUAAAGUUUUCAUUAAUCUUAAUAUUAUUUUAUAUUCAGAAAUUUUGUGUUUAAAUCUUAAUAUCUUUUUUUUUGAUCCUUUUUUAUUUCUUUAAUUCUGUAAUUUGGACUGUAGUGACCUUAGCUAACUGAUAAAUCUUUGACAUUACCAUUGCCUUUCAUAUUACAGAGCUGUAUUCUCUUCUUCAGCAUGUAUGAACAUUCUCUUUGGUGCACCAUUUGAUGACUGUGCAUGCAUAAUUAGUUGAAUUCCUGAUGUGAGUAUCCUGACAGCAAGUGUAAAUAGCCAUUACUUUCUCUAAAGAAAAAAAAAAAAGGAAAGCAAUUCAAGUUAUUUUGCAUGGAAAGGGAAGUUUGCAACUAGAGAUGUUUUUAGGAACAUGGGCCUUGCUUUUCAGAAAGACUUAAAGAACCUAUCAUAUCUCAGUAUCUCUGAAUAUCAAGGCUGUGGUCUCUUUUCUGAUCUCUGCUCUGUGUUGAGCAGUAUCAUCUUGUAAAUUUUCUUUUUUUUUUUUUUUUGCCUAUAUAUGUUGUCAUUAGCCAAGAAUUUGGUACUUCCCAAUGAAAAAGGAAAACAAAAAUAUCACCCUCGUUCUUCUUCCUGAACUUACACAGUUUUGGAAGAAUGGCUUAUGGGGUCUUUUGUCUCUAAGUGAAUGGAUAAUUUUAUAUAUGAAGAACUCAUAAAGCAAGAUCAAAGGUAAGGAAGUUUUUAGAAAGGGAGAUUUUAAACUGAGUUCCAGAAGACAUAAGUCCUGAGACUUAUCACCUGCAGCAGUUAUUUGUGUAGGUGAACUCCAGGAAAGCCCUGUUCUCUUUAUUUACAGAUUCUUCCUUGAUAAUUGAGGUUAUCCCUCUCUGAUUUUUUAAAAAACACCUUAUGAUAUCUCUGAGAUUGAUACAGUUAAAAAAUGUCAGUUGAUGCAGAGGUUGGAAUCUGCCUGCAGUGAAGGGAGAUACUGACUUACAGCACUGCCUGCACAGCACAAAGUUCUCUAAAUGUUAAAACACUUCCUUGGGUCAUUUCCUUUCUCAUUUUCUCAGCACAGCUGGAGAUCAGGGAGGAAGAGAUUUGAGCAAUGAAGUAAACUCUGGAAUCCCUGAAAAACAUAAACGAUCAACUGAUUAUUGAUAAAUUCUCAAUUGAUAACCAAUAUUAAGUGAAUGUGAUGGUAGUGAGGUAUAACAGCAUAACUCUUUGCAAACUGAUGACACAUGAGCCAGUGGAUGGUUUCUGGCAGACACAGAGCACGUCACUGCCUGCUCACACACAUCCUGAUAUGAAUCACUGAAUUGCAGGAUCAGUCACUAAUGUUGAUUUAUUUUUUUAAGGCAAAAACUGUAUCCAAAAACGUAGUCAAUAUAAGCUUCCUCUUUAAAAAAAUAGUCCCUUAGAAACUCUGGAGAAAAUAAUUAGGGAAAAGAAUUCCUGUUGGUUUGAAUCGGUGUGUUUGUUCUCAUCCAAACCCUCUAAUUUGUUUAUUGUUAUUUGCUAAUGUUCCCAAAGAUCCAAAUUUCUUGUCCCUGUGGAUCUCAAUUGUGUUCUGCAACAGCUUGUGACUUAUUUUCCUAUGUGACUAUCACAAAGGAAAGCAGACUGAUUCCCAAAUAUGGAUUUUUGAAAGAAAUCAGGAGAAUGGUAACUAACUAACUGUAGACCUUUAAAGCAGUGAUCCAGGAUCUGCACGUGAAAAAACAAAAAAGGACAAACUUUUCUUCCCCAAUGGUUACUUUAAAAAAGACCCCAAAUUUUCUUCUCCUGUCAAUACAAUGAGUAAUAUAAUGAUAUUUUCAAUUUUCAUUGUAAGUUAGUUUCUUGCUUUGGUCUCUCAUGAGUCUGGUACUAAUGGGAAGAUGUCAUCAACCAGUGACCUGUGAUUAUGAACAGUAUGUGUCCAUGAAAAGGGUGGUGCCAUAUUUGUUAAUCUCUCAGUUUUGCAAAUUCUAUCACUUCAACAAAGUAUCAAUGACAUAAUUUAGAGGAAAAAAAAGUCCCAACAAUGGGUGUGACCUGAUUGUAUUUCAGAGUAUGCAUGUUCUUGGACUGUUCUUACACUGCUGCUGUGCAUCACUUGGGGUACACACUUAGAUAAUUGGACCAACCUGAUGAGUAGCUGAGAACAGAGAAGCCUCUGAUGGAUAAACCAGCAAUCCCAGCUAUGGUUCCUCAAAUUAGAUUCACUUCCCAGCCUGCCCAAGCCCACUAAACUUGUUAUUUGAGUGCUUCACAUACUGGUUUCAUUGCUGGUACAUUGGAUGAACAUCACACCUUUCAGAACUAGACAGUGAACACCCAGCCAGCCUGAUGAAUCAUCCUGCAUUUUUAAGGGGCUGUGACUUGUGCUAAAUAAAAUCAAACCAAGUGACGCAGGUUUCAACCUGCACUACAGAUCAGUCCUUGUUUUUCUGGGAACACUUCGAGCACAUUAGGACUGGACAUCCCCUGCUGAUGUGUUUAGCCCAUAAUUAGUAAAUCUAAUUAUUGCAUUCUUCCUGAUGAGAAAGGUAUCUUCAACACCUGCAUGUCUCUGGUUCUAAACUGACAAAAAUUGGUUUCUGUGUUGUUUAUAUCUCUGCUGGAUCCUUCAGAAAUCCUUCAGUCCUAAAUUAUCACUGAAAAUGUAACAAUACAAUAUAUAUGGUAUUCACCUUUUGAGCUUUUCUAAUAGACUAUUGUUUCUGAUACUGUACUUUAUUAAACACUUUACUACAAGCUA